AUGGUGAAUUCGAAAAAACGUGAUAUAUUAGAACGUUAUCGUGCGUUAUUGGAGAAUAAUAUUGUUUUAACAGAUAAUUUACUUGGAUGGUUAAAUGAUAGAAGAGUUCUUCCUGAAUUUGUAUUUGAUGAUAUUAGAGUUAUAUCAUCGCCAGCUGAAAGAAAUAAAAAAUUUCUAACAAGUAUUAUGGAAAAUGGAGAUACAGCUUAUACAAAAUUAGCUGAAGGUUUAAUUGCAAAUGGACAACCAUUUUUAGGUGAAUUUCUCGAAACUGAAGAUAAAAAAGUUUCGGAUUCAUCUGAUGAAGCGUCUGGCCGAAUAGUUAUUGGUGAUGAAAUUCUUAAAAAAUGUCCAGGUAUUGAUAAAUUAAGUUCGAAUACACGAGAUAAAUUAAAAACAUAUCUUCAAGAACAAUUAUUAAAAGCUCAUUUAAAUGAAACAUGGCAAAGUCAAGGUCAAGGCAAAUCAGUUGAGUUGAUUAAUCUUAAAAGACAACAUUAUGAAACUCGACAACAAUUAGUUGAAACUGUCGAAGAAGAAAAACGUGUUGUUAACAAUUUAAAAGAAUCACUUCGACAUGAACAAUUUGUUCGACAACAAAAGGAAGAAGAAGUAAAAGAAUUACGAAAUGAAUUAGGAAAAAUUCAAUCAGAUCAUGAUCAAAAAUGGUCAAGUCAACUUAAAAUGACCGAUGCAAAUACCAGAAGUAUAUUUAAAAUGAAUGAUAAAAUGACCGUACUAAACGAUUGGUUUCGUUCUAUUGAUGAUAUUUUAAAACUAAGUAUAUCACAAACACAAACUGGUGUAGAAUUUGAUUCAGCAGAACAACUACAAACUAAACUUAAACGAUAUGCAACAGAAAUUGAAAUUCUUCGAAGUGCAGGCAUUGGUACGGAAAAAAUGAAAGAAGAAAUUUAUGAAUCACUUUAUACAAGUCGAUAUUUACCAAUUACGGAUCGAAAAAAUCAACCAUUUCAUGAUUUAUUAGUACGUUUUUAUGGUGCAAAUCAAGUUAAUGAAUUAUCAGCAAUAUGUACAAAAGAUGUUUUACAAGUGAAAUUAGAACGUGAUCAAGCGAAUGAUAUUCGAUUACGCGAUAUUAAAAUUGAUGAACUUAAUCGUCUUAAUCGAGAUUUACAAACUGAAAUUGAUCGUCUUAAAACAAAACCAGCACCAGCAGCACCACCAUCACCACCUGCCGAACAGCCAACUAUUAAACCUAAUAAACCAGUAUGGCGUCCAACACCUAUUUCAAAAGCAGUACCACAUCGUGAAAAACUUCAAGCUCGUCAAACAUUAAAACCAAUAUCUGUUCAAUUUAAUGGAAAACCUCCUACAUAA